AAUAAAUUUAUAGCGAGAGAGAAGAGAGAGAGAAAGUGUGUGUUUGUUUGAGAGAGAGAGCGAUCACCGAGAGAGAGAAACGGCAUUAAUGGCGGAAGGAAAGCCGCCGUCGCUAAAACACAGCGACGAGAGUGUGAAGCUGUUCGUCGGUCAAGUCCCUAAACACAUGACUGAAUCACAGCUUAUUUCAAUGUUCAACGAAUUCGCUCUUGUUGACGAAGUCAACAUCAUUAAAGACAAAGCCACGCGUGCUUCUCGAGGCUGUUGUUUUGUAAUAUGCCCGUCUAGAGAUGAAGCGGAUAAAGCAGUGAAUGCCUUUCAUAAUCAGAAAACCUUGCCUGGGGCUUCCAGUCCAUUGCAAGUGAAGUAUGCUGAUGGCGAGUUGGAACGACUAGAACACAAACUCUUCAUCGGUAUGCUUCCUAAGAAUGUUUCUGAAGGUGAAGUUUCAGCAUUGUUUUCACAAUAUGGAACCCCAAAAGACUUGCAAAUUCUUAGAGGUUCCCAACAAACGAGCAAAGGUUGUGCUUUUGUUAAGUACGAGACAAAAGAACAAGCUGUUGCCGCUAUAGAGGCCCUCAAUGGAAAACACAAGAUGGAGGGUUCAACUGUACCUUUGGUUGUUAAAUGGGCAGACACUGAAAAGGAAAGGCAAGCUAGAAAGGCUCAGAAAGCACAAUCACUGGCCUCUUCUUUAGCAAAUGUCGACCCGACACAACAUCCAUCUUUAUUUGGAGCACUUCCAAUGGGUUAUAUGCCACCAUAUAAUGGUUAUGGGUAUCAGGCUCCUGGAAGUUAUGGGCUUAUGCCGUAUCGCCUUCCCCCGGUGCAGAAUCAACCCCCUUUUAGCCCAAACCAAGCAAAUGCAUUACGAGCAGGGUCUCCUAGAAACUUUGCAGUUUCUCCAACUGGUUAUAUGGGCUCUGCUUAUCCAGCUGUGCCACGACUUCAAUAUCCCCUGGCAUACCCCGGGGGAAUCAGGCCUUUUAGUGGCCCGUCUAGCCCAGUUCCACCAGAAGUUGCCAAUAAUAAUGCGUCAACAUCCUCAACAGUCAGUGGAAGUGCUGCAGACCAUAUCGAAGGUCCACCUGGUGCCAAUUUGUUCAUAUAUCACAUCCCCCAAGAAUUUGGUGAUGAAGAGCUUGCAAAUGCGUUUCAGUCAUUUGGAAGGGUUUUGAGCUCCAAGGUUUUUGUCGACAAGGCCACCGGUGUGAGCAAGUGCUUUGGUUUCGUUAGUUACGAUUCCCCAUCUUCCGCCCAGUCUGCAAUUAAUACUAUGAAUGGAUACCAGUUAGGUGGUAAGAAGUUGAAGGUUCAACUUAAAAGAGACAACAAACAAAAUAAAGCUUACUAAUUUAUGGUAAGCUAUCGAAGGCCACAGAACUCUAUUUGUAAUGUGCAUAUGCGAGUUUCUGUGGUUGAACUGCUAUGGGGUGGAUCUGGGACAAUCAUUGAAAGUACAUGCUGUUCCAUCCCACUUGUAGCCAAAGCCCUGACACUUUUAUUUCUUUGUUAAUUGUGUGCCUUUGUAAUCUGUAAUUGUGUAACAUAUUAAUUCAUUUAGUCAUUUACUUUCAAUAUAUUGAUUCUUUUCUCUA